AUGACCUCUGUAAACAAAGAUGACGGGGGCAAGAGACAUAUAGAAGACACACAGGAUAAGGAUCUUAGCGAUGUUGAAGAAAGGAGGGGCUUCCAUAAGGAUGAUAUGAACGUAGAAAUGGAAGAUAUAAAAGGAUGUGAAAAAAAGGUUUUUGAUGGGAAGGAGAUGGAGUACGGCAAUAGAUGCCAUCUUAAGUCUUUUCUGCAAGGUGUUGAUGGGAUAAAAAACUAUAACAGGACUGUGAAAAUAUGCCCAGGCUCAGAUAGACUCAGUAGCUGCAAGGAAGAUAAAGAUCGAGGACUGAUCUCAAAAUAUGAUGCAAUUGAAAUACCGAAGAUCACAAGAGAGCUCAAAAGAAAGGCAAAGCAAAGAAUAUGUUCUAAUUGCUCAACUACGAGCACACCAUCGUGGAGAAGAGGAGAUCAAGGAAAAACACUCUUAUGCAAUGCUUGUGGGCUUUACCAGAAGCUUCAUGGUAGGACGAGACCUUAUAUGAUCACAUCUGGAGGCAGAACAAAAGCAUUGAAAGGUAGUCAUGAAAGAAUUGUCUGUGUGUCAUGCAAUAUCUCUUUUUUUACCUCAGACUCAAAGAAUGCCCCCAGCCAUCUUUGCGAAAGUUGCCUGGAUUAUGCAAGAAGUAGAAGAGACCAACCCGACAAUAGUGGGGAAGAUGAGAGGCGAAAUGGAUUUAAUGGGAAGGUUCUUGGAAAUAGAUAUGGUGGGGUUUACGAUAGAGAGGUUUCUGAGAAAUACAACCCCUCGUGCAAUUAUAUAGGCAGGGAUGUCAUGAUCAACAGAUUCAGGGAUUAUUCCUCACCAUCUGUGGCUUAUCCACAGCCUUAUGGAUAUUAUUACUUGAAUGAAAAGUACCAUGACACACCUGGGUUCGGGGGAUAUGGGCCCUCUUUUCCAAGUAGAGAUUUAGAUACCCAAUUCAAAGAUAUUUACUCCGGAGAGAUGGUCAGUGAGGGCGAAAGUGGAAUGGAUUCCUGUGAUGCUAAUGUAAAUACCCCAGCUAGCAUAUGA